AUGAGCGGCACUGCCGGAGUGCAUAGGCCGGCACUGCCGGGGCGAUUCGGCCGGCACUGCCGGUGCGGGCUAGCUGGAAUUGAUGCUACCGCUGCUGCGUGGAUUGGAGGGCGUGGCUUGGUGAGCUUGCACACACAGAAGCUGCUUGGCGCGUGCGUGGAGAGCGAGCUGGUGACGCGCUGCGUGCUGCUGAUGCGGUUGAGGAGCGGAAGGCGCGGGCGGGCGCUGCUGAGGGGCGGUCUGGGCGUUGACCUGCGGAAGGAGGCGGGCGCGCGCGGUGUUGUGGGCUGCUGCUGGCGGAGAAAGCGGGCGGCGCGUGGUGAUUGGGGCGGCCGGCUGCUGCUGGUCGAGCGGAAGGAAGAGGCGGGUCUGGCUGGGCGUGGAGCUGCGCGCGUGGUGGCCGGGCGAGUGUGGCGCGGUAGCAGCGUGGAGGUUGGGCGGUUCGCUGCGGGGCUUAGCCAGGUAGCUAAAGCAUUAAUAGAACUGUUUGGCGAAAUGAUGUUUGUACAUGGUUUUGUUCAUGGUGAUCCUCAUCCUGGAAACAUAUUGGUUUCUCCUCAAGGCCAAGGGAGAUUUUCGUUAGUGUUGAUAGAUCAUGGAAUUUAUAAAGAAUUGGACCCAAAGUUUAGGGUAGACUACUGUAAGCUGUGGAAAGCAUUGAUACUGUUGGAUGCGCAAAAAAUUCUGGAGUUAGGCGAACAGUUUGGUGUUGGCAAAUAUGCGAAGUACUUUCCUUUAAUAUUCACUGGAAGGACUAUGGAUAGCAAAUCAGCUCUUGGAACACAAAUAUCUGGUGAAGAGAAAAUGCGUCUAAAGCAGGACUUGAGUUCUCUUGGAAUGGAUGAUACAUCUUCAUUUAUGGAAUCCUUGCCACCUGAUUUUCUGGUCAUACUUCGAACAGAUGGACUAUUGAGGUCCAUUUUAGGAAAUCUAGGGGCGCCACAUCAUGUUCGACUUCUUGCUUAUGCAAAGAGUGCCAUAUAUGUAUUCGCAAAAAAAAAGAGUGCCAUAUAUGGCCUCGAGGAACAUUCCAGAUUAGAGUCUGGUUCAAUCAACCAUAUAUCUUUGCGAGUCAAAACAAACAUUAGCUAUCUCCAUCUGAGGACACGUGUUGGAUUAGCAGGGUUAUUGGUGCAAUUCAAUGACUGCAAGCAUAAGGUCAUGGACAAAUUGAGAUGGAUGCUCCGGAGGAUAGUUUGGGCUGGUAUAGAAUUCUGA